UUUUCAUUCAAAUCAAAGAAAAUUAUUCCAAAAAGUGUAAAUUAUCAUUUUACUCGUCAAUGUAAUUACUCUUGUGGAUUUUGUUUCCACACAGCAUUGACGUCGUAUGUUUUACCAAUAGAAGAAGCUAAACGUGGUCUUACCAUGUUAAAAAAUGCAGGUAUGGAAAAAAUUAACUUUAGCGGAGGUGAACCGUUUAUACAAAAUCGUGGAAAUUUUGUUGGGGAAUUGGUUAAGUUCUGUAAAGAAGAUCUAAAAUUACCAUCAGUUACAAUUGUGAGCAAUGGUUCUUUGAUUCGAGAACCCUGGUUUGAAGAAUAUGGUGAAUAUUUGGAUAUAUUGGCCGUUUCGUGUGAUUCUUUCAAAGAAGAUGUAAAUAAGAAAAUUGGUAGAGGUCAAGGUAAUCAUAACCAUGUCGAAAAGUUGAUGGAAAUACAUGACUGGUGUCGUAAAUAUGGCAUAUUAUUUAAAAUUAAUACUGUUGUCAAUACUUACAAUGUAGAUGAGGAUAUGUCCGAGCAAAUACAAAUUUUAAAUCCAGCACGUUGGAAGGUGUUCCAAUGUUUAUUGUUGGAAGGAGAAAAUGUAGGACCAAACGCUUUAAAAAAUGCUGAAAAGUUUUAUAUAUCAAACGAAAAAUUUCAAUUUUUUUUGGAUCGUCAUAAAGAAGUUAAAUGUCUUGUGCCAGAAUCAAACGAUAAAAUGCAAAAUAGUUAUUUAAUUUUGGAUGAAUAUAUGCGAUUUUUAGACUGCCAAAGUGGUUCGAAAAAACCUUCAGGUUCAAUUUUAGAUAUCGGAGUUGAAAGUGCCAUAAAUUUUUCGGGAUUUGAUGAAGCAAUGUUCAAAAAGCGAGGUGGUGUGUAUAAAUGGUCAAAACUUGAUCAACAGUUGGAGUGGUAGAUCUACUAUUUGAACUUUUUUUUUUUUUUUUUUAGAAUUAUC